AUGAUGGACCCAUACUUGUUAGCAGCAACUCAUACUCUAAUCGAGAAGUAUCGUAGGUUCGACAUGUCUUCAAUAGUGAUGCGCAACCACUCGUCCUGGUAUACAGCAGCGCCAGGUCAGGAGUACGGUCAGCCAAUCAUACGGAGCGCAGACAAGGCUGACAUGUAUAGGAACCGAAACAUUGCAGCGGAAGCCUAUCAAACGGCCAUCGAACAUCUCAAGAAUGAGCUUGGAAUAUCUCUGGAAAAUCCUGUUCCUAACAUGUUCAAUGCCUCUAUAAAGGAUGUCGUCGCCAUGGUGGAGAUCGCCAAAAAAGAAUACGAAGACAAGAACAUGGAGCGCAAGCAUACGGGUAUGAGGCAGUCGCUCGAAAAAUUGUCUUCGCGCAUCAUGCACUAUGGCAAAGUCAUGGACACUCUCGCGCAGCACCACCCUGAGUACGUCGCUCUAGUUUGGGGUGCUAUGAAGUUCGUUCUGACGGGUGUAAUUAAUCGUGCCAAUCUCUUCGAGAAGCUAUCACAGGCUCUCAUCGUCGUUGGUGACAUGCUGCCACGAAUGGACCUUAGUGCAGAUUUAUAUCAAACCGAGUAUAUGGAAGCCGUACUCUCACGGCUGCUCACGUACAUUAUUCUCUUCUUCCGCCUGUGCGUCCGUUGGUAUACCAAGAGUCCGUUCGGUCGAAUAUGUUCCGCCAUCAUAACGCCUUUCGAACUUGGGUAUCAAGACCUGGUGGAGCAUAUCCAGGAGUGUUCAAAAGCAGUGGAUGACCUCGCUAGUGCUGGUGCUCGAGCUGAGAUCCGUGAUGUCCACAGUUUAGCCAGGCUGCAACAUGCGCAACUCCAGCACGUUGACGUGAAGCUGGUCAAAAUGCUGGAAGAGCAGAAGAAGUUUGAGGCGCAUGUGAUUCAAUUGCUUCAGGUCGCAACCUUGCACAAAGGUAUCACAGAGCGAAUAGGCGUCGACAUCUGUGACGUACGGCAAACAGUAUAUCGUGUCGAGUUCCAUGGAGUGAUCCAGUUCUUCAAGCCGGAAGUAUUACCGGAGACAGCACUGGUUAAAGUUCAAUCAUUCGCGCGACGGAACUUAACACCAAGUCUGCCUAGUCCUACCGAACAAAGAGCGCGAAAGACGAUUCUGGAUUGGGCACUCGGAAAGGGAUCGCCGCUCCUGGUCGUGCAGGUUGGCUUUCGUGCACAAAAGCAAGCGAAAGAAUUGGCGACGAAUGUGAUCGAGAGCCUAAAGCAGAAUAGCCAAUGCGUGUUUUGGAACUUGUCGUCAACUUCCACUUCUUCAAGCGCGCACACUAUGGCGGAGCUGUUCAGGAGCAUCAUCUUCCAAGCACUUCAACACUCUGGUGAUCUGUUCAGCAGCUUUUCUGAGCAACUACAUCUCUCGAAGAUCAACGCCGCUCAUACAGAUCGCGAGUGGGUCGACCUUAUCUGCCUCCUCUUUUCCAAGAUACCGACAGCUAUCGUAGUAAUCGAGACUGAGGCACUCCAAAAGGCAUACCAACAUGACCUCAAUUGGAGCAAACAACUUUCCGGUACGACACGACAAAACAUGAUGCUGACAACAUCGUUCUUCUCGCACGAAAUGCCGCACUAUUCUGCAUAUACGCCACCGCGAUCAUCACCACUCUCUGAGCGCUCUGCAAAUGCAAGCCCACGAGCCUUCAACUUCACAAUGUCGUCGCCCCUCAAAGAGAAAUCCGCGAUGCCGCAACGCGCCUUCAAGGCCAAUCCGGUGAUGCAGACGCGCGACGCCACCACAAAGCGAAGGAGGGACAUGUUCUUCAAGCGCGUCCAGAACAAUCGAGACGACAAGAAAUGGGAAUCACGGGGCGAACAGAUUCAGCAAUUAGACUUUGUGGCUGAGCGCAAACGAUGGGAAGCCCAAAAAGCGCGUCAAGCACCUCAAGAAAAUGAUGAUAUUAUCGAAUACAUGUUGGACGACGCGGAACUUCCUGAACUUCCGAGUUACGCGCCUCAACACGAUCCCGAGAUGACCGAAGCCGAUUACGUCGCUGCACAAGAGGAGUACGAACUUGAACAAUUGAUCGCGUCGAUGGAGCAAGAAUCGGAUGCACGAUCACAGCAUUACGGCAGCGACGAUGACGACUAUGACGCGAUAUUCAUGGAGUGCGCGACGGCGGGGCAUGAUCAAAUUCAGCAGCAACCGCAACACGCACAAGACGCGUUUGGAGGUGAAGACAUGAUGGACAUGGACAUGACCGACGGCUGA